AAGUCAGCUGGACCGGUGCUGCCGGACCCGUAACGCAAUUCGCACCCCUUCCAACACUGCAGCUCUGGAGUCGCAUUCUCAAUCCGAAUUCCCAACCGUACGCGUCGAAGUCGCGCAAAAAAACAACUGCGAGUAUAAUUAAUCGCACGAAGAACUGCAGCUGAAAUCGCGAGACAACAGUGCACAAAAGAGCAAAAGAACACAGCGAAGCAAAUACCGUACAAAUUAGCUGCGUUUAUGGCGCACCAGGAGAAGAGGAAGAAUCUGCGCCCCGCCGCCCCCGCCUUUCAACACAAAAACAACAACAACGACGAGGAGGAGCAGAGCUAACACAAAGAAGAAAUAUAGAAUAACUUAUGCGUAUAUUUUUGGUACCGCUUUUGUACGUUAAAAACUAAUCAGAACGCUCCAUUGAUUUAUUGAGCGCACCACUGCCAGAGUUUUCGAGUUUUUCAAGACGUUGCCAGCUGUUUUCGCCGCUCUUCGUCCCACACCCCCGCACCUUUCUUCAAAGAAAGCGAGAGCGCGGUCAACGUCCUGCGAAGGACGUGAUAAAAGCGAAGGUGAGCGAAAGGACACCGGCAGCCGCUUCAUCUUCCUCUUCCCCCUUCUCACCGCGAAAUAACUUAAAGCGAGGGUAGAGUGGCAAACAAAGUUGUUGAAGAUAAAGACCCAGCAGAACCAACCGGCAAACGUAAUCAGCACCGUAAUCCCCCGCGAACCAGAAAAAUAUAGCCAACAUGCGCCUGUUUCCAGUCCGAUUCUCAGCCGCCUCCUCGUCGAUGGCGAGUUUGGCCAAAAUGCUCGACUUCUACUCGGGCUUCAACCCCUCGCCCCUCUCGAUAAAGCAGUUCAUGGACUUUGGUCAGAAUGCUUGCGAGAAGAAAUCGUACAUAUUCCUGCGCAAGGAGCUCCCGGUUCGACUGGCGAAUAUCAUGAAGGAGAUCGCCCUUCUGCCGGACAACCUGUUGCACACCAGAUCCGUAAGCGAAGUUAGUUCCUGGUACGUCAAAAGUUUCGAGGAUGUGCUGGUGUACGAGAAAGCAGAGCCCACCCACGACAAUCUGCAAAAGUUUGUGGCCGAUUUGGAUCUCAUUAGGAAUCGGCACAACGAUGUGGUGCAAACGAUGGCCCAGGGUGUGAUCGAAAUGAAGGAGAACGAGGGCGGCCAGGUGGAUGCGCCCACAGAGAGUUCCAUUCAGUACUUUCUCGACAGGCUCUACAUGUCUCGCAUCAGCAUUCGAAUGCUGAUUAAUCAGCACACCCUUCUCUUUGGCGGAAAUCCCCAUGCGGGUGGCCGCCACAUUGGUUGCUUGGAUCCCGCCUGUGAUCUGUCGGAUGUGGUUCGCGAUGCCUACGAGAAUGCCCGAUUCCUGUGCGAUCAAUACUACCUGACCAGUCCGGCGCUGGAGAUCCAGCAGCACAGCAGCGAGCCUGGCGACCACCUGCCCAUCCGGACGGUGUACGUGCCCUCGCACCUGUACUACAUGCUUUUCGAGCUCUUCAAGAACUCUAUGCGAGCUGUUGUUGAGCACCAUGGCCAUGACAACAAUGACACAUUGCCCCCCUUGAAGGUAGCCAUUUGUAAGGGCAAGGAGGACAUCUGCGUGAAAAUUUCUGACCAGGGCGGCGGCAUUCCCCGUUCCCAGUCCGAUCAGCUCUUCAAGUAUAUGUACAGCACAGCGCCGCAGCCCUCGAAAUCGGAUCUGCACACGGUGCCCUUAGCGGGCUACGGAUACGGUCUACCGAUCUCCAGACUUUACGCCCGCUAUUUCCACGGCGACAUUGUGCUGCUCUCAUGCGAGGGUUUCGGCACCGAUGCAAUCAUCUAUCUAAAGGCUCUGUCCGACGAAGCAAACGAAUUGCUGCCGAUCUUCAACAAGACAAGCUCAAAGUUCUAUCGCGCGACCGUGCCAACCGGUGACUGGUCCAAUCAGAACUUUUCCAAUCGUUGGCGUUAUUUAUAUGGUUUUUUAAAGAAUUCAUAAGACUGCAUUUGACCCAGACGCGUUUGCAGUUCAUUGGCUUUCAUUUUUCCCCACACAGGGUCACCAUUAAGCUUUCAAUACUCUCUGAUCUUCUAGAGCUCCGAUAUGAACGCACGCCAGUUGUCGGCUACCACACCCAAACGAUGCGACUUUCUUCAGGACGCUUGAAGGGGGUGCUCCAUCAACUGCAACUCAGGUUAAGCACACAGGACUAUUCAGGAAAAAACUGUUGGAUAUUGAAAUCACGAAAUAUAUCACUAGCCCUAGGCAAACAUUCCCAAACUGCAGCAGCAACAGAAGCAACUCAAAUUUGUAUUCAUGGCAGUUACGUGUAGUUAUCGAGUUGUUAUUUAAAAUAAAACGGAUGCAUAACAAAUAUGGCAGUUUGUUAAAGAUCAAA